AUGGAGCCGCUCACCAUCGCCGACCAGGCGCGUGCUACCAAAGCCUGCCUAGGUCAGCUACUAUCCGAGACAAAGCAAAUGGCCACCAGCGACGACACUGCAAUACAACCAAACACCAUUGAAGACUUGAUUGACAGAUUUGCGCUGUGGGCAGGUAGCUUAGGGGCCCUUCAAGCCCCUGUCAAGAUGUUGUCCCUCGACUACAGGCUUCAAGAUGCCCGGGACAUCCGGGACCAAAUAUGCGCUUACCUUGCGAAUCUACAGGAAGCUACUAUAGACCUGAAAGCGAUUGCCACAGGCAAAAGUCCAAAUCGUCCCAUGCACGAGGGAUCUGAUGACGAUGAGGAGCCCAUCGAUUCUGACAACGCGCCUAAGGAUGAGGCUCACAUGCUCGUCGAGGUCAUCGACCAGUGCAUUCGGUCUCUGUUCCGCAUGGGGGUUCUGAUCCGCCAGGCGACUCCGCAAGAUCGUUUCAAAAGGGCAAUGCAGCAUACCGAAUUGGCUUUUCCUAAUACAUUCGACAUCCAGCACGUGGAGCGCAAGCAUGCCAAGCUCCAGCGGCCCGAGUUGAAGUGGUUUGCCCAACGUCUGGGUAACGCAAUGGCGAAGCGACGACAGUUUAUCAAAUAUUGUCGAGAUCACAAGUCACGACUAAGUACUGUCCACGUUGAUGUCCCGGCCGAGACGGAGACAAGGACGGAACUACUCUUCAAAAAAGCUAUCAAGUUCAUGCAGACAAAAUAUUUGAAUGCAGAUUUCCUUCAAUCCAAGCUUGAGGAAGCGGGUGAUGCUGCUUCAUUGGUGUCCGCGUCAACGACAUUCGACCCUGACACGUUGCUGAGGCUGCCCUAUUUGGAAGAUUUAUCGCCUGAUGAUGAGCCUUUCGAGUGUCCAAUAUGCUUUACCCUGCAGGAUUUCCAUGACGAGAAGGCUUGGAAACUGCAUGCCUUCCGAGAUCUCAGAGCGUAUGUGUGUACAUUCCGCGAUUCAAAGUGCCAGAACGAGCUCUUUGACGACAGGGAUAAAUGGUUCGAACAUGAACUUCAGUAUCAUCGGUCACAGUAUACUUGCAAUCUCUGUGAGAAGGGUGUGUUCACCUCCAAGUCCGAAUUCGAAUUACAUAUUGAAUCGUCGCACGGUUCUUUUGCUCCAGACCAAAUGCCAAUGUUGGUCGACAUCAGCCGUCAAGUCCCCUCGUCGUUCAAUGCACGGGACUGUCAAUUCUGCGACGAGUGGGCUGAGUGGCUACAAUCUCGCAGGAAUGGACAACAAGUCUCCAAUGUAACAGUCUCCCCGAUUCAUUUCAAAAGACACGUGGCCACGCAUCAGGAGCAACUCGCUAUAUUUUCGGUACUCAGAUCAAGCGAGCACCUCAGAUCCGACAAUUCACAGGCCACACUCUCUAAGUCAAAGGAGCUUCCGCUCCAACUGACCUCCAAAAAAGCACAGGUUGUGACCGAGUCCAUGAAGGCUUCUCGUCGACCAACCUCCAAAAAAGCGCAGGCUGUGACCGAGUCCACGAAGGCUUCUCGUCGACCAGACUACAAAGAUCCAGAGGCUGUGUUCGAUAUCUCGAAGACAUGGACCUGUUGUAAAUGCGGCAAUUAUAACUUCGGGACACCCGAUGUCCAGUGUGCGAAUUGUCAACAUCUCAGAGACAAGAAUUGCCAAGUACGCAAGGAACGCGUUACUCUUUCUCGAUCCUAUCGUGAACAGCUGGAGAUCCGUAUCAUUCUGGAUAUUGAGGACUGA